CUUUGCCAUGUCAGUUUGACUGUGAGUCAGUUGGUGCUCUUGUUUGGAUUCUCCUCACUGAAAAGCAGAUGAAGUGCAACGUUACAACAAUUCCAAGUGUCUGGACCCUCUAAUCAGGAAAAACAGAGCUCAAGAGCACCGUCUUCUGGCCAAAAAGAAAACAUCUGGGGAUUCUGGUGGAUUACACUGUAUCAACUUCAUGUAAUCCCUCCAUUUAUUGAAGGAGGUAACACAUUUCUUCGUGUAUCUUUUUUGUACAAAUUCUUCACAGCUCUUGGUGCGUAAAGCAUGUCCACAAAAAUGACUUUAUAGCCACUGACUGCAGGCAGAGUAGAAGAAAGACAGCAUAAAACAUGGAGGCUUCAAGUUCUGCUUAUGCUGUGACUCCCCCCUCUACACCUAUAUUCCCCACCUCCCUUACUCCCUCCACUCCCGGCUUCUUGCAGUUCUUCUGGGAAUACCAGAACAAUUCUGUCCUUGUGGAGCAUUACAAUUACACCGGCAAGCUGCAGACUGACCGCUAUCGUGAAGGGCUCAAACCUGAGGCCAUUGCAUUCCUGGUGGUGUGUCUCCUCAUUGUCCUGGAGAACGCUGUGGUUCUCAUCGCCAUUUGGAGGAACAAGAAGUUCCACCUGCCCAUGUAUUACCUGCUGGGAAACCUGACUCUGUCUGAUCUGCUGGCUGGGAUUACAUAUAUGGCCAAUAUCAUCAUGUCCGGACCUAAUAGUUUGAAACUUACGCCACUGCUAUGGUUUCUCAGGGAGGGAGGGGUCUUCAUCACUCUGGCUGCCUCUGUAAUUAGUCUGCUGGCAAUUGCAAUUGAACGCCAUGUAACUAUGGUGACUAUGAGGCCAUACCAUGGGGCAAAGCGGGGAAGGAUGUUGGCACUGAUUGCUGCAAGUUGGGCCCUGGCAGGGUUUUUGGGGGUCCUCCCAAUUUUGGGAUGGAACUGCAUCUACAGACUGGAUCAGUGUUCAAUAGUCCUCCCACUUUAUGCCAAGAGCUACAUUCUCUUCUGCGUGUCUGUGUUCAUUGCAGUGCUUCUGGCCAUUGUGGUCCUUUACGUCAGAGUUUUUCGCAUUGUCCGCACCAACACGCAGCGCCAGCGGCUGGGCCUGUCAGGCAGUAUGAGGAAGGGCUUAGCGAGGAAGUCACAGAAGUACAUCGCCCUCCUCAAGACAGUUACCAUUGUGCUUGGAGUCUUCAUCGCCUGUUGGCUACCCCUCUUCUUCCUCCUUCUGCUGGAUUUUUUCUGCCCCUCCCGCAGUUGUCGCCUGCUCUACAAGGCAGAUUACUUCCUGGGAGUAGCCAUGGUCAACUCGCUCCUCAACCCCAUCAUCUACACUCUGACCAGUAAGGACAUGAGGAGGGCCAUUCUGAGGCUGCUCUGUCGGCCGUGUCUGAUGACCAAAGAUGGCCAGGUGAAGAAGAUUGGGAUGCCAUUCCUGGAGUGCAGUUUCAGUAAAACGGAGGUGGCAUCCCAGAAGCUAGAGGGGGGACCUGAGACAACCAUUUCCUCUGGGAACGUUAUCACCACCCCAUCUCCUAUUAAGGCCCUUUACCCUAAACUUUUUAAGUCAUAAGGACUAAUACUGACUGAUUGAGUCCAUAAGUGUGUGAAUAGGUUUCCCACUGAACAGAGGACAUGUAGCACAUCUUCUAUAGAGAUGAAGUAGUUCACAGAGGGUGCAUGAAAUAUUAUGGAGGUACAAGAGACUUACAUUUAGAUGAACGUCUCACCUUGACAAGUAAGACGUGGUGCAGUUACAGAAGUAUAAUCACAUGAAAGAACGAAACGCCAUAAGGAUGCCACUGAAAUGUGAACAAGCAAACAGACUUUUAUGAGUAAAUGCUGGUGAUGAGUCUCCUUAACUAAUUUGCACUGAAAUAUCACAAUGAAUGGAGAAGUAGCUUUGGAUUGAAUUUUCUGGUGGUUCUGUAGUUAGUGUCAAAGCCUGGAAGGAGACUUCUGUAAACCCAAAGACUCUUGUGACUAAAAAAAUGUUUAAUUCUCUCUCAGACUUGUGGGUUAAUUGUGAAAGAGUGUGGUUGGCUUUGCCCCUUUACUGAAGUGCCUUAAACACAGCCCGACCACAUCUAAUAUGUGCAGUAUGCAAUCUGUGCACCUGCAGGCACCUGGAUUUCGCUGGUUCGAAAGCCCCAUGGUGUGUUAAAUUUAAUCAGAUAACAGUGUAAAGCACCCCUACACAUAUCUGUGCAGGUGAUGAAGAUAGAGUUACAGGGAGGUACGUGAAGAAUGCUGUGGUAUAGGUGUGGGAGGGAGGCACUCAAUUAAAACCCCCCACUGUUUUGAAAUGACAGAUGGUUAACUUAUCUGAUGCAGAGUGGAAAGUUGUUGGGGUUUGUGUCCGAUUUUUUUAAAUGUCAGUCUGCCAGAUAAAUUGCCAAAGAAAGACUACAACCAAAUGUCAUCAGAUAUUGUGAUAAGCUGGCCAAAAAAUAAACGCUUUCUUUCCAUCAUGACAUGCUGAUAGUAUAACUCUGACUGAAACCAAAUCAGCUGCAACUGCAUUUAUAUUUCACCUUGCAAAUAAAGUUGUAGACGUAAUGCAUCCAGCUGCAUCAGGACUUUUAAGGACAAGAAUGUGCCUGCACUUGUAAGCUAAAUCAUGCGGAAUGAGUGCAAUUAUUCCAGUACUUCCCUUACUAUCCAUCAUGUUAACAGAAUAUUUUCGGUUAUAGUUUGAGGUACUGAAUUUUAUUAUGAAACGUGCAUCAGUCUUUUUAUACAGAUAUUUUUUAGUGCAGUCUCUCUGGAUCUUAAUUGAUGAAUGAGGAAGUGUGUUUUUUUGUACUGUAAUUCAUGUAGUGAACUUUUUUGCAUUUUUCUGAAGACUUUUCAUAUCAUCUAUAUUGUAAAUUAUAUCUAUUUUGUAUCAAGAAAAGGCUAUCAAACCUUUACCUUUCUUUUCAUAAAAGAAAUAAAAUGUUUUCUUAAAAUA